AUUUUACCGCCAGUCCGGGUGGGUGUGUCCGAAUGCGCAUGCCCAGCACGGUCAUGCCACAGCAUACCUCACUGGUUUUAUUUUUAUUUUGGUUUUCAAUCCGACACUUGUGUUAAAAAGCUCAUCGUGUGUGACCAUCCCGGAAAUCAUAACACACUCAUUUUUUUUAACAGCGACGUUCUCCUCUUGGGCGGAGUUCCAACUUUAGCUAGUAUGCUAACACUUAGCAGUCAACAACAAUAACCGGCUAGUGCACUUUGAUGCCUGUGUUCUACAUCUUACCGGACCGAAGCACCAUUGUCCCGUUCUCAGUUUGAUCCCAUGGAGCCCAGCGGAAGCGAGUUGGACUCCAGCCUGCCUCAGCCUGAGAACCCGUGCCUCAUCGUGGAGGACUCGCAGCCGGACAGCGUCGCGCUGGAAGACGACCCGGAGACCAGCUACCGAGCCCUGCUGGCUCGGCGCCUGUCCAGCCUGCAGCCCUCAUCUCGCAGCCCGGUUCUGGAACUGAUUGCGUCACCACCAAACACUUGUUCUCAGACUGACAGCCAAUCGGAUAGCAACAGCCAUCAAGAUUAUCAAGCUACGUCUGAUUCCUGUUCAGCCUUCCAUGAAGAGAGCCAGGUCCUCAGCAUCUGCCCUGCCCCUCCAAACAAAAGGUGCUCCUCCGACACAGACAUGGAGUCUGGGGCUGACUCAACAACAAACUGUCAGUCUGAAGAGGGAAAUUCGCAGUUUGGCCUUCUUGCUCUCUCUCAGAGUCAGGAUCUCUGUGGUGAAGCAGAGAACUGUCAUGACGUCUCUCAGCCUACUGACUUGAAUCCAUCUAAAUUGGAGACGAACAAGUCUGGAACCUCGGAGAGUCAAGACCACAAAGCACUGAGAUCUGAGGUCAGCUCGAGCAGCUCAUCAGAACACCACAGUCAGUCAGGGAGGCAGCUGAGUGUCCAGGUUCUGCUGCAUUCAGAAAGCCACCAGAACUCUGGUGAGCUGGAUCAACAGGACUGUGACAUUCAGUCCUCGCAGCAGGACAUGUUUGACGCUGAAAAGACAGGUGCUGCGGUGGACAGCACAGUGUCUGAGCCAGAGCAACAGGGCCUCCCAACAUCCACGCCGGCACAGACCCUCCACCUUCUUCAUCUUUCUGGCCAUGAAACUCUGGUGCAGGAAAGUCUGUCUCAGUCCUCCAUCGAUUGUAUUGCACCGACGCCAGAUAACUUUAGCCACACCCCACUAAUUGUUCCCAGCUCACCGACGGAGCUAGAGAAUAAACUCUGCGCAGAUGAGCCGAUGGACACAUCACUGCCUCUAGAGGGAAGAGAAGCUGAGAAGGAGGCAGAGCCAAUGGAUACAGAUCCUGCCUCCAAACCCCAACCUUCUGCGUCAACUCCUCUGUCCCAGAACUGUCCUGGUUUUAUGCUGGAACGAACGCUCUCGCUUCCCUCACAGCCAGAGUUCUCUCAUGAUGUCUUUGCUGCAUCGCAGAGUCCCCAACAGUCCGAUAAGAAGUCUCCUUCCCUACCUCUGGAGUCUCAGUCUCAGCAGCUGGAAUCAGCUGCAACCUUUGCGUUGCCUCUGCAGCUUUCUGCCCAGUUGGAGAGCAGCUGCCCGGCAGCCAGACAUUCAGAGGAGGCGCUGGAGGACAGCCAGGCCACGCAGAUAGAAGAAAUGGAUGAGCCGGUUGGUGUGAACACCAGCGACAGUGUGCUUUCACACCAUGAUCAUAAGAGCAACGGGAUGUCCUCUGAUUUACAAGCUGGCAUCGCUGCCGAGACACCCGCGGCAGCCGACGCUCCAAUUUCCUCCACAAAUGUAAAAGACAAUGGGAGUGUUGCGGUGGUGUCAUGCUCUCAGUCAAAGCGCAACUCGGUAGAUUUAACUGUAGACAUGUGCAUCCAGGAGACUCCCAGCAGUCAGGCAUCACAGUCCAUGAUCGCUCAGACAACAGAGACAGACGUGGCAGAGGAACGUGUUGAAGUUGAUGAGAAGACCGCAAACAGUGACUCACAACUGAAGAGAUGUGACACUGUGUGUAGCAGUCAGAAUGACAAGGAGGAAGAAAAAGAGGAGGAGGUGAUGGAGGAAGAAGUCGAUGAGAGGGCGGUGGAAGGUGAAGGUGUGGCUUUGGUUCUGUCCCAGAGUCAGGUGCUGUCACCAGAGCCCAUGGAGGAGCAGAGCAUGGACCAGGAGAACGCUGUACUGAAAGAAGUGGAGUCUGCGGCUCAACCAUCAAAGAGCAACGAUUUGUCUGUGACUGAAGUGUUGAACGGUCUGGAGACCAAGAUGAAGGAUCCAGAACCAGAAGGGCUAAAGGACAAGAGUCUGAGUGACAGCUCCGGAGAAAUCUCCUUCCACUUCACUCUACCUAAAGAGGGGGAGUCGAUGGGCCCUGCUGUUGCCGCCACUCCCCCGUUAAUCAGCCAAAUGAAGAGGUCGCACCGACACAGCACCCCCAUUGAAACAGCUUCCUUUUCUGAGAAGUCUGACGUGGUGGAGGACGUCUCAGUGGAUGUAGCGAUGGCAGCCGGUGACAUGGGUCGUGGUGAGAGCGGCGGCGACGCUGCAGGCGAAGGGAAGCUGAGUUUGAGGAUGAAGCUGGUGACGCCGGUGGAAGAAGGCAGCUCGGAUAACUUCAGCCUACAGAAGCCGUCUCUGUCAGAGGAUGCAUCUGUUGCCAAGGUUACCACUGACAUCAAGGCUGUUAGCAGCCCGUCGGUGUUCACCCGCGUCAGGCAGGUCCACCGACAGCAGGAGACCAGGGAUGACAGUCCAGCUGCAGGAGAUGUACAACCCUUCAGAGGAGAGCUGUUUGCGUCGCCUCAGAGACUCAGUCAGUCCUCAUCGCUCGGGUGCAACAGUCUCCCAAACAGCCAACAAGAGCCUCCAGAGAACGUCAAAGAUUCCACUGUGCCUAAUGAGCCAUCAGAAGAAGUGACAUCCGAGCUGUCCAGAGCUGAUGGUCCGCACAAGGCAGCUGCCCAGCAGUCCGCUGACAACACAGCCACUUCCACCCCGUCCAAUAACAAGAACCAUCAUCGAUCCAUUUCCCAGCAGACCAGUCUGGAUGCAGUAGGGCCGCGCUCUCCAGGCAACAAGGACGCAGAUACUCCGUCCUUCAGAAGAACUGCAGGCCCCGCCCACCGUCGACACGUCCGCACCAUCCAGGAAGUGCGGACCACCAUCACACGGAUCAUCACUGACGUGUACUAUGAGGAUGGGAAAGAGGUUGACCGCAAAGUCACUGAGGAGAGCGAGGAGCCUGUGGUGGACUGUCAAGUGUUGGACAGCGACAUCUCUCCAUGUCGCACUGGCAGCUCCUCUGUGACCUCAGGUGACCUUGCAGAUAUAAGCUCCCUGUCGUCCAAAGCAUCGAGCCUCCAGCACAGCUCGGGAGGAACCAGCAGCACAACUGGACCUCCCCGUCCGGACUUUAUAAUUCCUGGCGUCCGUGGCACCAAGUCCUCCAGGAGGGGAGGUGGGCAGAAACACAGGGGCCUAGUCACACAGGACAAAGGCUUUAGCACCCUUGGCUCACCCACGGAUUUCGUUUCACCCACUGCGGGAGGACGGGCAAGAAGGGGUCGGCCCCCAUCCUGCUCCCCUUCUUCCAGGGGACGCGCUGGGUCACUGCAGCAGCUCGGGCCUCACGGCCCCCCACUGUCCUCAUCAGAGGAUGAGCCCUACACCCGCCUCCAGUCUCCACACCACCCCGUGAGCCCCACUGUCUCCGACCUGCUGAGGUCGUCUCCUGACCAGGCAAGGUCAUGCAGCAACAGCUUGGUGGGCCUGCGAGUUGUGGCCAAGUGGUCAUCCAACGGCUACUUCUACUCUGGACGGAUAAUCAAAGACGCAGGGGAGGGGAGAUUCCGCCUUCGGUUCGAUGACGGUUACGAGUGCGAAGUGCCUGGCAAGGACGUUCUCCUCUGCGAUCCCAUUCCCCUGGAGACCGAGGUCACUGCCUUAUUGGAGGACGAGUACUUCAGCGUGGGUGUUGUAAAGGGCUACAGGACGGAGGGCCAGGAUCUCUUCUACAGUGUGGAGAAGGACGGACAGAAGCAGUGGUACAACAGGACAUCAGUGAUUUUGUCCCUGGAGCAGGGAAACCGGCUGAGGGAGCAACACAGUCUUGGCCCCUACGAGCCUUCCACUCCCCUUGCCAAAGCCUCUGACAUCAGCCUCGACAACCUGGUGGAGGGGAAGCGACGUCGCAGAGUCGGAACUGGGGGCCUCAACGCCACCUCUCAUUCCACGUUGGGUAGUCCACGAACUCCUGGAACGUCCUUCAAGAGAAAGGCGGUGUCCUCCGACGAUGAGAGGACGCCGGUCAAACGAGGCCGCCGCCUGCCGGCCGCCAAAGCCGCUCCACGGGUUGGCGUGUGUAACACCUCGGGCAGCGGCACCGACCUCCCUGGUCAGUCAGGUGACCUGGCUGAGACUCACGGUCCUCUCCCGGAGAACACGUCCCUGUUUAUGGGUUUUGCCUUCAUGCUGACGGCCUCCUCUGAAAGCGACAGGUUGACAAACAGGCUCAGCAGCGACGAUGAUGAGGAUUAUGUACAAACGGGUCCAUUCAACAAGAAGUAUACUGAGUCUCAGCUGCAGGCUGGCGGAGGCUUCAUCCUUCCAGACUUCAAUGAAGAACAGUGUAAAGCCGCGUACCAGAGCCUGCUGAUCGCCGACCAGCACUGCCGGACCCGGAAGUAUCUGCUGUGCCUGGCCAGUGGCGUACCGUGUGUCUCACAUAUUUGGGUGCGAGACUGCUGCCGAGACAACAAGCUGCUCAACUAUCGGAACUACCUGCUCCCUGCAGGCAUCGGGCCUGACAACACUCCAGUGGAGUGGCAUCCUCGCAGCUUUCCGUUCAAGUCACUCAAGUUCCUGCUGGUGUUUGAGAAGCCCGAGGAGCUGUUGGCUCAGCUCGCCACCAUGGGUGGAGCCUCCUCCACUCGUCACUUCCAGCCGGACAAAGAUGGCACCGACGUUCCUGCUGCUGGGAAGUUCGACGUGGUACUGAUGGACCAGAGUUGUCCACCGUCGCUGCAGGAGAAUGUAACUUCGCAGAAAAUCCCACUCGUUUCUGCCGAGUGGCUGAUCCAGAGUCUCAUUACUGGGGAGCGUCAGGAAUUUAACAGCAAACCUCAGUAUCAUCACAACUACUCCUCAACAACUACAUCUUCAUCAUCUUCUUCAUAAUUCCAGUCCACAUGUGCACUGCACCUUUAGCCAUUUUAAAUGUUGCAUUUUAGUCGCAUGCACCUGCUGUAAAUAUAAUCUGCUGUUUUUAUCAGAUAAUAAACUGUGACCUGUUUCAUGUUUGCUUUUACU